AUGCGAAGAAGAAGAUCGAUCACAAGAGGUUUCUUAAGAGGAGAGAGUUUUACAAGAGAGUUGGUAAAGCUUGGAAACGAGGUUACUUGUUGUUAUGGGCCUCCGGGAACUCGUAAAUCUAUCUUGAUAGCUGCAAUAGCUAAUUACCUUAAAUUCGAUGUGUUUGAUCUUGAGCUUAGUAGUGUCUAUGACAAUGGUCAACUGAAGAGGGUUUUGUUAUCAACCACGAAUCGUUCGAUUUUGGUUAUUGAGGAUAUUGAUUGCAAUGCUGAGGUUAUAAAUGAUUGCUAUGCUGAGGUUAUUGUUAGAGGAGAAAUUAGCACAUUUUCCUGA